UCAAUGCUUGUUCGCUCCUCUCUGGCAGCGCAGACUCUGCAUCUAGCUCCCAGCGUUUGAGCAGUAGCGCUAGGAGGAGCAGAAACUCCUUCUAAUCUACCCGACGGACCUUAACGAAGUGAAUGCAUGUCAAACCGGUGGCACGACGGAUGCCGGUUAAACCGCACCGCACGUGAUGUUAUUGAUAUUUUUUAAUUAACCGAAUUAUUGCAUUGUUCAGGUUGCAGAAUUGUGUGUGCUGCAUGCUGUUUUGCCUUGGUAGAGAAACAAUGACCAAUGCGAGGUGCGGGACCUAAAGACUGAUUUGAAAUAUGUUUACAUCUGUAUUUAACAACAUGCGGGAAGACAUAUAAAUAAUCUCGAGACGUCAUUACAUCGCCGUGUUUCCAAAUCGGUGAACAGCUUUGACUGUGAAGAAAGAAGCAAUGGAAGCUACAAGCACACACCGAUAUCUAGGAUAACACAGUGAGCUCCCUUUUCAAAUAUUACUGUUGACGCGCAGGCUUUCCGUACCGCAGAAAAUGAUCUUGAUGAUGAUGAGAAGGGGGUUAAGGAGGCUGGUGCAUUUGAUGCUGUUUUGCCCACUGUCAAAAAGAUUGCAGAGUCGCAUCCCUGCUAUCAAAGUGAAAUAUCUUUUCCUGGCUUGGCUGGGGAUUUUGGUUGGGAGCUGGGCUAUUUAUAUGCAUUAUUCAUCCUACUCGGAGCUCUGCAGGGGUCGUGUCUGUCAGAUGAUUAUCUGCGAUCACUACAGAAGGGGGAUUAUCUCUGGCUCCUCCUGCAGAGAUCUGUGUGAGGAAAAUAAGCUUGUGUUCCAGCACUGCUUGUCCUCCACACCCACUUACCAGGUGUACAGCGGUACCUGGAAGAACAAGGAAGUGAUGAUCAAGUGUGGGAUCGAGGAGCCUCCGAGGGGGGACGGCAGCCCUGACUCUGUGCCCAGGAGGGAGCUGACGCUCUUCGAUAAGCCCACCAGAGGGACCUCCAUGGACGAGUUUCGGGAGAUGCUGCUCAGCUUCUUGAGAUCCAAUCUGGGCGAGCAGCCCUCCCUGGGGAGCCUGGUGGGUCGGAUUAUCUCCCUGGCGGACGUUAAUCAGGACGGCAAGGUGUCUCUGGCCGAGGCAAAGUCUGUGUGGGCGCUGCUGCAGGUCAACGAGUUCCUGCUCAUGGUAGCUCUUCACGAGAAGGAGCACACCCCCAAGCUGCUGGGCUUCUGUGGUGACCUGUACGUGACAGAACGGGUCGUCCACACCUCGCUGUACCGCUUGGAGGUCCCCCGCUACCUGCAGCCCCUGGUCCCCUCUGCCCUGCACUCCAGCGCCAACAGGUGGCUGGCACCAGCCUGGCCCCGACGGGCUAAGAUCACCAUUGGGCUGCUGGAAUUCGUGGAGGAGAUCUUCCAUGGCUCCUACGGCAGCUUCUACAUCUGCGAUGCCAGCCUCCGCCACGUAGGCUACAACAGCAAAUACGACUGCAAGAUGACGGACCUUCGGAGCGUGGCCACCGAGAUGUCCGUCCGGGGGUUCCUCAAGAACCGCCGCUGUGAGCACAACAGUGACUGCACCUAUGGGAAGGACUGCACGGCCACCUGUGACAAGCUGGUCAAGCAGUGCAACGGAGAGGUGGUGCAGCCCAACCUGGCCAAGGUGUGCCACCUCCUGCAGGGAUACCUGCUCUUCGGGGCCCCGCCUGAGAUCAAGGAGGAUCUGCAGAAGCAGCUGCGGACUUGCGUCACCUUGAGUGGCCUGGCCAGCCAGAUGGAGGUCCACCAUUCCCUGGUGCUCAACAACCUAAAAACCUUGCUGUGGAAGCAGAUCUCCAACACUAAGUAUUCCUGAAACGUGCUCAUGUCUUUCUGGAUGCGAGGACCCUUUAACCAAGAUAUGCCUGAAUUGUAAUUCCAAGUGAGCUAAAUGUAAGACAAGCGGCAUAUCUGGGUUUAAUGGAGGGAAUGUUUGUAUAUGCCUCCAGUAUCUAGACACUGGUUUCUACUCGUUUCAACUCAUCUGCGGAACCACUACUCCCUUCCAGGAUACCAGAGUUAAAAAAACAUAGGGGCAGGGAGAUCAAUGGAUUACUUCACUGGUCAUGAGUUUAUGAUCAGACUUGACUGGACCUUGUUGCCAGCCUAGGGUGGACGAAGCCCUUAAGGUCUAAAUAUUUCUAGAAACUUACAAACUGUACUUAUCUAGUCAAAAAAAUGUGUAAAUCUUUCCAUUCAUUAGACUUUUUGAGGUUCAGUUCUGCUGACAUUUUAAGUCCUUGGAUGAGAGGGUGGCAUUUUAUUUAUUUUAGUCAUGCUUGUUUUCAAGCACUAUGAAUUUUGUGAAAUUAUUGCAACACUGAAGCCACUUGAGUGGCCAGCUGCAGUGAACGCAAGUC